AUGUCACAUUCUGUCUUGCAAUAAUUAUGCGCUAACACUAUGCAGGGCCUUUGCACGCAUCGGUACCGCCUACGAGAAGAUGGGUGACCUUGGCAACGCAAUCACGUACUACCAAAAGGCACAAACCGAACACCGCACACCCGAAGUCCUUGCAAAGCUCCGUGCUGCAGAGAAAGCCAAGGUCAUCAAGGAGAGGGAGUCAUACAUCAACCCUGAAGAGGCUGAGAAGGCGCGCGAGCUCGGUAAUGCCAAAUUCAAGGAGUCCAACUGGCCAGAGGCCGUGGAGGCAUACUCGGAGAUGAUAAAGCGCGCACCGGACGACCCAAGAGGAUACUCUAACCGCGCCGCCUGUUUCAUCAAGCUGCUUGAGUUCCCAUCGGCAGUACAGGACUGUGACGAGGCUAUCAAGCGCGACCCCGACUUCAUCCGGGCAUACCUGCGGAAAGCCCAGGCAUACUUCACCAUGCGCGAGUACAACAAAUGUAUCAACGUCUGCGCAGAAGCCAUGGAACACGACAAGGAUGGCAAGAACGCACGGGAGAUUCAACAACAAGAGUCCAAGGCUCUGCAAGCACAAUACUCUGCACGCGAGGGCGAGACUGAGCAGCAGACCAUGGAGCGUAUUCAGCGUGAUCCUGAGAUUGUCGGCAUUUUACAAGAUCCGGUUAUGCAGGCCAUUCUUCAACAGGCUAAGGACGACCCUGCGGCUCUGCAAGAGCACCUGAAGAACCCAAGCAUUCGUUCCAAGAUCCAGAAGCUGGUGCACGCCGGUGUCAUCAGGAUGGGACGAUAGACUUUCAUGAGUGGUCAAUGUGACGAUGCAUGAUUCACAUUUUGUAUGUUUAUAUGGGUCUUUUCUAUCUGCAUAGCGUAUAGGUAAUGAAACAUUUACGAU